AUGUCGCGUACCCGCAGGAUUCUUCUCGGCACCUCAAUGAUGCUGACGGUCCUCAUCUCGUCGAUGAGCAGCAACGCCGUGAUCCUCACCAUCCCCUCGCUGGCGGCCGACCUCGGUGUAGGACAAGUCGAGGCGCAAUGGGUGUCGUCGGCGUACUCGCUCGCCUUCGGGUGCGGUCUGCUCUUCGCCGGACGCAUGGCCGACAUCUACGGGCGCAAGUAUCUUUUCCUAGGCGGCCUGACGUGCACGCUCGUGUUUUGCGUGAUUUCAGGCUUCAUGCCCAACCUCAUGGCCCUCUGCAUCGUUCGCGCCAUCUCGGGCCUCGGCCUCGCCGUUGCCACCCCGGCCGGCUUCGGCAUCCUCGGCGUCACGUUCCGCGAGGAACCGGAGCGCACCAUCGCCUUCUCGUGUUUCGGCCUCGGCAACCCCGUGGGCGCGAGCGUCGGCAUGCUCGUCGGCGGCGCGGUUUCCGGCGCAUCCCGCCAGGGCUGGCAGCACCUCUACUUUGUGCUGGCGGGCCUGUGCGUCCUCCCUUUGGGCCUCGGGAUAUGGGCCAUCCCCGCCGACCCCAAGCGGCCCGCCCACCUCCCGCCGCCAGAUCGGCGCGUCGACUGGCUCGGCGGCGUGCUCAUCACUGCCGCCCUCUGCCUCUUCACGUUCUCCAUCACAGCGAGCGGCGUUGCCCCCGCCGGCUGGCGCACGCCGUACGUCCCCGCCCUCCUCGCCGUCUCGGUCGUUCUCUUUGUCGCCUUUGGGUUCUGGGAGCGCCACGUCGAGCGCAACACGACCCUCCCGCCCGUGGCCAAACUGUCCAUGUUCACCCGCGACGGCUGGAGCAUGACCUACAUUCUCCUCACGGCGUUUUGCCCGUUCGUCGCCAUCGCGGGCUGGGUCUACCUCGUCUCCCUCUUCUACCAAGAGUACAUGCACAUGAGCCCGCUGGGGAACGCGAUCCACUCGCUGCCCGCGAGCAUCUGCGGCAUCUUCGCCGCCGUCGCGGUCAUGUUCAUCGUGCCGCGCAUGCGCGCACCAUACGUCCUCAUGAUCGGCGGCUUCCUCUCAGGCGUCGCGUGCAUCAUCUUCGCCGCCGUGCCUGCCGACGCGCCGUACUGGUCCGGCCAGUUCGUCGCCAUGCUCUGCCUCCCCUUCGGCGCCGACUUGACCGUCGGCAUCGGGUCCAUCCUCAUGUCCAACCUCUGCGAGGACGGCGAGCAGAGCGUCGGCGGCGCGCUGUUCCAGACGGCCACGCAGAUCGCCUCGGCCCUCGGUAUCUGCAUCUCGUCGCUUGUCGUGUCUAACGUCGCGGAGCAGAAGGGCUCGUUCCUCACGGGCAUCCAGCACGCAUUUGGCAUGUGCACCGCCUGGGCGUGGAUCGUCGUCGUCAUUGCCACUUGCACCAACCUACGCAAGAUGGGGUUGGCAAAGAAUGUUGGCCAUGGCCGCGCCGUGCACUAG